AUGGCCAUGUUAGUUGAACAAGACGGCUUAAAAAAAGACGGAAUGCCUUUUCAAAUUACUGAAGAUUUCGAUCGAUGUGUAUGCAAUGAAAGGAUAUGGUGUCGUUCAUGUAACGCUACUCGUUUCGAGCAAGAUUUUAAUACAUGGACAUCUGGAAAUAAUGAGAUUGAUGAAUUUAUUAAAUAUACACAAAUUCAUGCAUUGAAUAAUGUUUAUGUGUUAGAAUGGUAUCCAUGGGAAAUGUUUUCUGAUAUUACAAAGAUAGAAAAAGGUGGUUCUGCAACUGUUUUCCGCGCCCAGGGAAAAGUGGGAAGAAUCCGAGAAUGGGAUCAACAAAGCAAUAAGUGGCGUCGUUCUUAUGAUCCUAAUAAUUCUUACGUUGCAUUGAAAAUAAUCGGGCAUUCCAAAUCGCUGCCAAAGGAUUUUCUAAAUGAAGUAAAGAAAUUACAUCGGUCCACUCGACCGAUUACUGGUAAAUUCUACGGAUUCACAAAAGAUGAGGCUAAUGGAGAAUAUCUCCUUGUCAUUUAUUUUUUUAUUGGUGGAGAUUUGCGUAAACAAUUACAGCUUUAUGCAGUUACUUGGGAUGAAAAAAUUAAAAUAAUUUGUCAGAUUGUAUCUCAUAAAGAAGGACUGAUCCAUAGGUGA